UGACUUUGUAAAUAGAAUUUCUUGAAUAAAAUAAUGCUAUAUUUACACUAGGCGCUUAAAAAUGAUAUUUGAAUCGAAAAAUAAAAACUUUUGUUAUUCUUGUGCCAUCAUGCUGAUUAUAAAAUCAAGCCAUAAUUUAUAAAUGUUGAUAUAUGAUAAGUAUGAUAAAAUAUGAACAUAAUUAGGGUAAUAUUUUGUUACAAAAUUGGAUCCUUUGCUAUGAGAAGUGAGAGAAUAUUUCAGUUUAAGAGCGAGGAUCGAGAACUAGAAGUGAUUAUACUCGAGGUAGUAGACCCACAAUAUGGUUUGUUUACUUGGCCAAGUGCUGUAAUUCUAGCUCAAUAUGUUUGGUAUAACAGAAAUGUUUUGAAAAACAAGCAAAUUAUUGAGCUUGGAUCAGGAACUGCAUUACCUGGUGUGGUAGCAGCCCUCUGUGGUGCCAAUGUUACCUUGACAGAUGGAGAACAAUUUCCUGACUGUUUGAAAAACUGCCAAGAAACUUGCAAAGCAAAUGGACUAAAAAAUGUUAAAACGACAGCUCUGACUUGGGGCAAUUUUUCUAAGAACUUUCUAGAGUUGCCCACGUUUGAUAUUAUUCUUGGCUCAGACUGUUUCUAUGAUCCCAAAGAUUUUGACGAUAUUUUGGCAACUGUUGCAUACCUGCUUGAGCGCAAUCCUAAGGGCGAAUUUUGGACCUCUUACCAAGAAAGGAGUGCUGACUGGUCAAUCGAAAUUUUGCUAAAAAAAUGGAACCUUGGAUGCCAGUUGGUCUCUUUGCAAACCUUUGGAGGGGACGAUGAAAAUAUCGCAGGAAGUAAUUUAGUCAGUAACCAUUCAAUUCAACUGUUGGUAAUCACCCAUCCUGUUAACUGAGCGACAGUAUAAAUAUGAUAAAUAGGAUAGGACUUUCGUUUCAUUACAACCGUGGUGAACGCAAUCCAAACAUGUCACAAAUAUUAUUGAUGAUAAUUAAGACUCUUUAGGACAAAAACGAAAGAGAAAAUUGAUUCGCUGACACGUAUCGGUUACUUAAGAGUUCAAUAUCAUCGCCAUUGUCAGUUAGUAUCGUUAAUGCUCAAUAUCAACACACACGGAACGAUUAUACACAAAGUCCACGCGUUGUUUUUUGGUUGUGCCUACUCGUCGCUCAAGAAUCAGCGUUUUUUUACGGAGUGAAAGGUCUAAAUUUGAUACAAAAGUAUAAUAUAGAAAGGUAACGUAAAGAAAAUGAUCUUACUUCGACUAACGAGUGUGAAUUCUCACUACUUUCGUAAGGAUUUUAAUAUGAAAUGAGUCCGCUAUGAGAGUUGUAAGGAGUUAUUUACGACAUUAGCAAACUUAAUUCACAUUGAUUUUGGUUUUUCAUCGAGAAAAACAGUUCCUGUUGAGUUAUAUUCUAGGUUUCUCUUUUUCCUCUUAUGCGUGAGAGGUAUUCAUAUUAUAGUAAUAAAUCAUAUACCAUAUACAAUUAAGAAAACAACUGAUGAAUACCAUAUGUUGAUAUAAUCGUAUGUGUGAAGGUUCUUGUACACAGCACCGGACGCGAUUUAGGAACGCGACGCGAUUUUCCGAAUUCUUCCGUUUCGAGAAGCUAGCGAGAAAAAAAUAAUCCUGUUUUAAUAUUCUUGAAGAUUAUUCAACGAUAGUACAACAACAACCUGUUUUGUGCCCGUUAUAACAUUUAAUUUUCCAUUCAGGAACAAAUUUAUUUGCUUUUGAAAAUUCACGACGUGUUUCCUAAUCCUGUGUGUAAUAGAUCUUCUUAUAAAGUUGAGAAAUAUGGCAUGAUAAAAUGAGAAAUUUGAGAACGGAAGUUUAGAGUUUGAAAAGGCUUUGAAAAGGCUCGAAAACAUAUUAAUUCCGUAGUAAACUAUACAAUUAAAUAUAUGACUCAGCAAAUGGCAAACUUCGUCAUCAAGACCUGCCUAUAUAUGCACGCGUGUCAGCUUGGGUUUUACUUUCAAAUUCAUCAACUUAAUGUUUACUUAUACAUUUGAGGAUAUUUACUUUGACUUGUUAGUUAUUUCAUACCGAGUUUAAAGACUAUAUUUUAUCCUAAGUCAAAUAAUAUGAAAUAAGCCAUAAAUAAUUACAGAGAUUAGUAGUAGUAGUAUUACUGGUUUAUAUAUUCUUUCAUGCAUGGCUGCCAAAAGCAUGUCACGCAAUCAUUUUUUUUGCAAAACAACUGCUAAAUUUGACGUUAUACUUCUUCAUUUGAAAACGAUGAAUUGAUGAAAUGAGUGUUUGUAUAAUUUUACCACAGACCUACACAGUUAAAGUUAGAUCAAAACAACGAACAAAACUUAAAGUAUUCCUUAUAUAGAAGUUGUUGAUUAUUAUAAUGCGUGUUUCUCUAUCGAAGAUGAGUCGAACACAGGCUGAUAUGUGAACAAGACCUAAUUAUUUAUAUUUCACUUGUGUUCAUCUGAUGGUCAACAUAUAUUAAUCGAUAUCCCGGCCCCAUUCUAUCCACCUAUUGCAAUGUCGCAGUCUGCUUAACAGUUGUCCUUUUUUUCUAACAUUUAUAUUGUGGUUUUGUGGGGUUGACUCUAAACGAAAGACGGGGGGGAGGAUGCGUUUCAUUAAGCAACAUCUGCGUGCACAUUAAACAAAUUACUCAAAGCCUAAAUCAUCUGUUUGACAAUGUAAUUUUUCAUGUGAUCAUGAUGGUUCAUUUCAUAUGGUUCAUUUCAUUUCUAUGAGGUUUUUACCAGCUCCCGUCUCGAGGAAUUGCGUGGCACCCACGCGUGAACCUCAUGAAAUGACAGGCUGGCAAGAUCGUGCUAUCCGGUGUAAGGAUAUUCACAUUCUCUUCAAUCUAAUCAGAUACUAUAUUCGUACGUUCCCACGAGGAUACUGAAGUGUUAAAUUUAUUUUAAACUAUGAUUAUACACACGGGACCAUCGAUCCUUCAUAUUGUUUGUUUUUUACUGUCUGUUAUAAUCGUAAUUUGAACAACUUUGUACAAUAAACUCUCUAAUUACUGUUCUGUUGUACAUCUAUAUAUAAUAAACAGACCACAGGUUGAGAAAUAGUUUCUACUGCAUGUGUGAGCCACGUAAUACCCACAAAACAAAGAUAUAGCACUAGCUUGAUUGUAUAAAACUAUCAUUACCAUAAAACCAAAUUCUAUAUUCUCUUUUCCCUGUUGAAAUGUGUUGGGACAGAAAACCAAAUUCCUAGAAUAUUUCAUAUUCAAGUAGUGAUUUUCAGUGUGGUACUUCAAAGACCAUGGGGAACGUAUCGCUCGGAUAUUGCAGAAAGUUCGCUUAAGGAGCGUUUUUGAAUUGACUAAAGUUUCUGUCAGUAAGUGAACGUGCGCUAGACUUAAUCCUAAA